CCCCCUCCCCCCUCCAUGGUUGGUUGAUCUAUUGCAAUGGUCGCCAUACCCACCCUCUCUCUCCUAUUGGCCCUGGCGGAGUGGGCAGGACCGGUCACGCCCUCCCCACACCUCUUGCUCCGCCCCCGGGAGCGGGAGAGAGACCCGGGGACUAUAAUGAACUUCAACAUCGCUGUGAUCCACGCGGGGGCCAGCGUGCAGGUAGAGGCGGCGGCCGGGCCCGGGGGAAGGGUGCUCUACCCUGGGUUUGGCCGGGCACACAGCUCCCUGGGGGAGAGCGUGAUCACCCAGUGGGGCUCUGCUAACGUCAUCUGGCUCCAGGUGAAUGACAGUAGUCCUAAGACUCUGCUGUCCCAGCUGUGUGACCUGCUGGCAGCGAGGCCCCUACAGGGCCUGGUCUACGAGGAGGAGAGGCCACCACCCACCGCCUGGGGACCCCUGGCCCCCAUGUUAGAGUUUGUCUCUGCCCAGACUGGACUACCCAUAGUGGCUGUAGGAGGAGGAGCAGGGCUGGGGAGGAUGCAACAGGAGUCAGGCUCCAUCUUCCUCCAGUUCAGCUCAGCCACCAGCCUCCAGCUGGAGGUCAUCUUCAAAAUACUAGAGGAGUACGACUGGACCACCUUCUCAGUGGUGUCCACCCGUCACCAUGGCUACCAGGACUUCCUGUCGGUGGUGGACGGCCUGACGGACGGCUCGUUCAUCGGCUGGGAGAAGAAGAGCGUGGUCAUGCUGAACGUGACGGACGACCCGGGAGGGGCGCGCACACGCAGGCUGCUCAAGGAGAACGAGGCGCAGGUACGUCUGCUCUACUGUUCCCAGGAGGAGGCUGAGCUGGUGUUUAAAGCAGCCUGGGCCGCAGGUCAGGCUGGACCCUCUCACAUGUGGUUCGCUGUGGGGCCAGCCCUGUCCGGCCUUGGCAUGGAGGGUCUCCCCAGGGCCCUGUUCGCCGUGCGUCCGCAGGGCUGGAAGGACAAGCCCCGCAUGAGGAUCGCCCGGGGCGUGUCCAUACUGACCCAUGGGGCGGUGGCACUGCGUCGCGACUAUGGGGCCUCUGGGGGACCAAACUUUGUCACCAACUGCAUGACGGAAGCCAAUCAAACACACAGGGUGCGGGGGAGGAUGAGGUAUUUCAACAACAUCACGUUGGGUGGCAGAGACUACUCUUUCGACAGUGACGGUUACCUGGCCAACCCUGUCCUAGAAGUCAUCUCCUAUACACCUGGCAAAGGCUGGGAGGAUGUAGGCAUGUGGGAGAACGGUAAAUUGGAUUUGGUUUAUCCAGCGUGGUCGCGUUACGGUCCGUUCCUCCAACCGCCUGAUGGCGCCCAGCACCUGCGCGUGGUCACUCUGGAGGAACGUCCGUUUGUCAUCGUGGAGCUGGCUGACGCCGCCUCCAACACCUGCAUCAGAGACUCUGUACCCUGCCGACGACCCCUCAACGCCAGUAUUCCUGUCCAGGAUCCCCCAAAGAAACAGUGCUGUAAGGGCUUCUGCAUCGACAUCCUCAAACGAUUGGCCAAGAUCGUAGGUUUCACCUAUGACCUCUACCUGGUGACCAAUGGAAAGCACGGGAAGAAGAUUGAUGGAGUGUGGAACGGCAUGAUUGGAGAGGUGGUGGGACAGCGAGCAGACAUGGCCAUCGGAUCCCUCACCAUCAACGAGGAGAGGUCAGAGGUCGUGGACUUCUCCGUCCCCUUCGUGGAGACGGGCAUCAGCGUCAUGGUCUCCCGUAGCAACGGAACCGUCUCACCCUCUGCCUUCCUGGAGCCCUACAGUCCAGCAGUGUGGGUGAUGAUGUUCGUCAUGUGCCUGACCGUGGUGGCUGUGACCGUCUUCAUAUUUGAGUUCUUCAGUCCAGUUGGAUACAACCGCAGCCUUUCCAGCGGAAAGAAGGCAGGAGGCUCUACGUUCACCAUAGGAAAGUCUGUAUGGUUGCUGUGGGCCAUUGUGUUCAAUAACUCGGUCCCGGUGGAGAACCCCAGAGGAACCACCAGUAAGAUCAUGGUGCUGAUCUGGGCUUUCUUCGCUGUCAUCUUCCUGGCUUCCUACACAGCCAACCUGGCUGCCUUCAUGAUCCAGGAGGAGUACAUAGACACUGUCUCUGGACUCUCAGACAAAAAGUUCCAGCACCCCACAGAGCAGUACCCCCCUCUGAAGUUUGGCACGGUGCCCAACGGGAGUACAGAGAAGAACAUCCGCAGUAACUACCCUGGCAUGCACCAUUACAUGGUCAAAUAUAACCAGAGAGGGGUGGAGGACGCCAUUAACAACCUCAAGACUGGGAAGUUGGAUGCCUUUAUCUACGAUGCAGCUGUGUUGAACUACAUGGCCAGGAAAGACGAGGGUUGUAAGGUGAUGACCAUAGGCUCUGGGAAGGUAUUUGCCACCACAGGCUACGGUAUCGCCCUGCACAAGAACUCCCGCUGGAAACGCCCCCUCGACCUGGCCCUGCUGCAGCUGGUGGGAGACGAUGAGAUUGAGAUGCUGGAGCGUCUGUGGCUGUCUGGUAUCUGUCACAAUGAUAAGAUUGAGGUGAUGAGCAGUAAGCUGGACAUAGACAACAUGGCGGGUGUCUUCUACAUGCUGCUGGUGGCUAUGGGGCUCAGUCUGCUGGUAUUUGCCUGGGAGCACCUGGUCUACUGGAGGCUCAGACACUGCAUGGCUACCAGCUCCGGGAGACUGGACUUCCUACUGGCCAUCAGUAGGGGCAUGUACAGUUGUUGUAGCUUUGAGGAUGAAACUAAGCCGGGUGGGGCCAAAUCCUCCAUGGCUAUGCUCCCCCACCAUCAUGGCACCAUGGCAACAGUCCCGCCCCCGCCACACUUGGUCAGUGCGUCAUCAACCAAUCCGGCCCUGACCAUGGCACAGCAGCAACAGUCACAGCCCGUCUACAAAACACAGCUACCUGGAUCCCCUCCCACCGUGGUGCAUUCUGGGACGGCGCUGGGGCCCUCCAACACUCCCAUGCUGGGGGCGCCCCUGCCCUGCUCCACAUUCCUCCCCCGGCCUGAUCGCAGACUGGCCGUGGUGGACCGCUGGAGGCUGCCCAAGGCCGGGACCGCCACCAACCCCAUGGCCGUCCGCGGGGCCGUCGCAGACAUGGGUCCCUUCCCCCAGAAAGUGGCUCCGACCUGGGGCACGACAGCUGGAGGAGUGGGGGUUGGUGGUGGUGGUGGUGGGGGGCUGGAUGGAUAUAAACGCUACUAUGGACCCAUCGACCCUGAGGGUCUGGGGCCCUGUAUGGACCAGCCGGCAGGGUCCCAGACCCCCAAAACAGCCCCCAGGAGCCACCCGCAACCCCCUCCCGCCACGGUGGCCUUCUACUCAGAGAAAGGUCCUGACCAGGGGGUGGGGAAGAGGGUGGUGGGAGGUGGUGGUGCUGGGUGUCAGGGGAAGGGAGGGGUCAAACCUUUGGGGACGCCUCGGCUGCCUCCUAAAAGCCAAGCCGUGGGCGUGACCCCAGUCCCUCUGCCCACUAACCCCCCGCUGCCACAACCCUCCCCCCCUCUCCCCUCAUCCUUUUGGAGGAAACGCCGGCCCAAGAAGCCCAAAGAGCCAGGCGGGCCUCUGUACGAGAACAUCCUACCACUGGGGCGCAGGGGAGGAGGAAGGGAUGGAGCGAGGGAUGGUGGAGGGAGGAGGGGACGCCCCCUCUCUCCUCCUCUCCCGCUUCCCGUAACCGUGCCCAUGUCCCCCACCUACACUCCCCCUUCCCCCUCCACCUCACUCCCCUACACCAGCUCAACUUCCUCCUCUUCCUCUAACACAUCGUCCACCUCUUCCUCUACCUCCUCCUCUCGCUCCUCCUCUCCUUCCUCCUCCUCCUUGACCUCUCAGAGCACGCGGGAAGGUUUGGACGCAGAGGAGGAUGAUGAGGAUGAGGAGCUGACCGAGGAGUCCAGUCUUCUCCUGGGGAGGGGGAGGGACAGACAGCGUUCAAUUAUCUCCUCUCGCUCCCUCAGUCACGGGCGCCAGCCACCACCUAUACCACCCCGAAAACCACGCCCUGCCCGAGGGGAGAGAGACAGGGAGAGAGAGAGGGAGAGAGGAGGUAGCCAGUUGGCCCAGUUACAGGAGUGGUGGGCGGGCUGGGGUGAGAGAGAGAGGGAUCGCAGUGGAGGAGGAGGAGAUGACGAGAGGAAACGAGAGAAGAAGAGGAGGAAAGAUAAAGAGAAGAAGAAAAAGAAGAAGAAGAGGAAAAAGAGGGAGGAGAGGGAACGAGAGAGAGACAAAGAGAGGAAGAGACGGAAGGUGAAAAAGAAGCGGAAGAAGAAGGCGCUGAAGACGAAGAAGAGGAAGAAAUCAACUGGGCGUUCCGAGCAAGAAGAGGGGGAUGUGGAGGCAGAUAGGGAGGGAGAGGGGGAUGGAGGGAGAGAAGGAGGGAUGCCAGACUACUCUUCCUUUCCAACCCAGUAUCGUAGUACGUUUGGGGAGAAAGGGAGAGAUUCAGCAUGGGCAGGAGAGAGGGAGCGAGGAAGGAGGGAGGGAGAAGGGGAAGAGGUGGGUGAUAGAGAGGAGGAUAGCAGCAGGAGCAGGGAGAGGCGGCCCAAAUCAUCCCGUUCCCACUCCAGACAUCGACCCCCAGUAAGCGCUACCCCAAACUCCCCGCCUCGGUCAAGUUCUGGGUGA